CGUGUGGAGGGGAGCUUUUGACCCCAGAGCUCGGUUUCCAAAAGCCUGGAUUGCUCAGCGCAUGCUUGGCUGCCAUGGAUGGAGGCGAAGCAGCGUCAAUUCUUUGCUGCAUGCCCCUCGCAGCGCCACAAGUUGCUGCUGGCUCGCCUGGUGCUUUAAAGACCAGUUUGAAGUCAAGGGCGCCGAGCCUUUUCGACGAGCUGGCCUCCCCCUGCGACGUACUGCCAGUGUCCUCGUCCCUGCGGCGCGUGGUUGGUAUUGGACAGCCGAAGGCUGAAGUCAGGCGAAUCGCCUGGCUGAUGUUCCUCUUCGUGCUGCUGGACACCUGCAAGGGUCUUCUCGUCGCAUGGUCGGCGGUGCACAGCUGCGAAGCCUUGGUUCCUGUGGCGCUUUGUGGCAAAAACGUGCUCUCCAUCGUCUUCGGCCUGUGGCUGGCGCUGCUGCUGGAGGGGAAACAGGGCUGGAGGCGCUGCCUGAACCUGCGGCAGAACGUGCGCAUGCUGCCGGUGGCGGCCUGCUUUGGAGCUGCCCAAAUGGCCAUGCUGGAAGCCAUGCGCACCUUCAACGCAGGCAGCUUGAAGAUCAUGGCCCAGGCGAAUCUCCCGACCAUGGCGGUGCUGUCACGGCUGCUUCUGGGCCGGCGAUACACCACCCAGCAGUGGGCCGCGAUCGCUCUGGUCGCCGCAGCCGUUGCUGCCUUCACGCAGGUUCGCCUACUCUACUACCGGCCACCCUACUGGAGCAGUGGCCGCUUCCUGUCGCCCGCCUUGGGCGUCGCAAGCCUUAUGUCCAGUAUUUUUCUUUCCUGCUCAGCCUCAAUCCUCGCUGAGGGGUUUUUGAAGAAGCCAGCCUCUACGAAGGUGCCGUUUUACAUCCAGAAGACCAACAUCCUGCUGGGGGAGCUGCUGACGUCCUUCCUGCUGACCGGGGUCUACUUAGGCUACUUGGCGGACUCCGAAGGAGUCACAGCCAAUUGCUCUUGGGAUCAGGUCGCAGACUACCGGAACAUCCUGGUGAUUUUGGUGUGGGCCGUGCAUGGCUGGGUCGCAGGCCUCCUGGUCAAGGAGUGCUCGGCCUUCGCGAAGAAUGUCUCGCACAUGGUCUCAGCAGGGGUGAUGUAUUUCUUCCCCAUCUUGGUCAUCAGCGGCCCGGUGAACAACGGCCCGGUCACCGCCUGCGCCCUGCUGGUGCUCAUCGCCAUCUUGGUCUGGGGCCUCGCGCCGGCGCGGAAGUCCUCGCAGGAGACCAGGCUGCACCACGGGGUGCACUUCGAGUUGCCCGAGAGCAAGCUCCAGAGCCAGCUCCAACGGCCCUUUCUGCGGAAGGUUCAGUCAGUGGAGCAGAUGCAGCAGAUGGCGGCGGUGAAAGCGGCCCUGGAAGGAGCUGCGGACGGCUUUCCCCACAUGGGAUUGCUGGUCAUCAGCUUCAUCCUCCUGGACGCGGCGAAGCCCUUUGUGGUCAGCUGGGCCCAUGCCAACAAGGCUCCGGAGGAGGCCUUCAACAACUGCACGCUGGUCUUGGUGCAGACUUCGCUAUCGAUGGCUGUAGGCCUUUUGGUGGCAACGCGCCCGGCAGUGCGCCUCAGGAGCUGCGUGCCGCAGGUGCAGUUGCACGAGGGCUGGCGCGGUCGCGUGUGGCGCUGCCUGGAGCCUGCCGCGGUGCGGAGGCAGCUCCCUGUGAGCUUUUGUUUGGUGAUGAGCAAGCUUUGUCUCAUCAUGGCCCUUGAAAAGCUGGACGCCGGCUCCGUGCGGGUCCUGUGCCAAUCCAGCCUCCCAGUAGUGGGCGUGUGUGGCGCCCUGCUCUUCCGGAAGCGCUACUCCGCCAUGCAGUGGUGCUCCCUCGCUGGCGUCACUGUGGCGCUGGGCUGCUUCUACUACGUGAAGCACCAGGUGAAGCAGCAGGCAAGAGAACAGGUCUCGUUGCAUCAUGAAGUCGUAGAGCGGGGCCCCGCGGGGGUGCUGGACCUGGACCUGGACUCCUCCGCGGCCGCGGGCUCCAUGCUGGCCCUGGCGAGCAUCAGUUUCAAUUGCCUUGGCGCCGUGUUAGUCGAGAAGUUCCUCAAGAAGAGGAGUGGCGAGCUUUACGAGCAAAAAACGCAGCUGCUUUGCGGCGAGGUCCUGUUCAACAUUGCGCUGCUAGCAUUGCUGCCAUUCCUUUUUCUUGACCCGAAGGAGCGCGCCUUCAACUCGGUCUGGCACCGCGGCUUCUUCGCCGGGUGGGAUAUGCGCGUCCUGAUUUGCGCGCUGGUCUGGCUUCCCGGAGGUUGGACCGCGACCAUGCUCGUGAAGGAAGCCUCCAACGUGCUGAAGGUCGUGGCACAAGGGGCCGCCUCCGUGCUGACCUACGUUUUUAGCCUGACGCCACUGGUUCCCACGCGCAGUGCAAGGGAACCUGUGUCACCUCCGGUGGUGGUGCUCGCGCUGAGCGUGCUCUUUGCGGCGCUGACCUUCGGGUUGGACAGCGUGCACACGGGCCAGCGAGGCUCACAAGAGAAGCACGAGAAAACCGAAGAGGAGGACGUGGUGUGCUUUAACACCCAGAGCCAAGGGCGCUUGAGGCAAAGAGCCUGAGCUGCCCGGUACAGCAAAUGUGAGCCGAUAGGACUAGGCGACCACCCCACUCAGCGGCUUGUGCUCAGCGACAUGUGUCGAGGAA